GCAGCUAUUAGACGUCGAAAUGAGUUUCCAAACGGUCCGAUCCCCUUUCGCCGUGAGCGAUUAUACCCCGCUCUCCGAACACCAGGAGCAAACACCCGACAGCUUCUACGACGGAAAACCCGUGCUGUACUACCAUGCGACGGGCGCAAAAGCCUGGAUUCCCAAGGCGCAGCGGGGCAAGCUGCCCUUCUUCCCCGCCGAUCACUCAACCGAGCCAACGCCCCCCGAAAGCAGCGCGUUGAACGGUCAGGUCGAAGCGACCGUCGAACAGAAGGUCGACUUGUUUGUGAACUCGCGCAACCUCUCCAUCUUCUGCCCCUCGGCCGAGUGCGGCGCCUGCAUCCCGUACCAACAAAUCAGCAUCCACGCGAUCAAGACCCUCCGCGCCGGCGACCAGACCGCCUACCCGUCCGUCUACCUCCAGCUCGAGCUCGCCGAGGGCGGCGAAGGCGACGACGACUUCGACACGCUCGAGCUCACCCUCAUCCCGCAGCCCCGGUCGCCGCCCUCGGAUGGCGCCCCAGCUGCCGGCGACGGCACGGCGGCGGCCGGCGCCACCAAACCAGAAGCCACCCUCCUCUUCGAGGCCAUCUCGGAGUGCUCCAACCUGAACCCGGACCCCGUGCAGGACGGCGACGGCGAGGACGCGGACGAGGACGGGGCUCAAAUCAUCUUCGAGGGCGAUCACGAGCCGAUAGAGGGCUUCAGCGGCGUGUUUGCGGGCAGCAGGGACGGCGGCUUGCCGCCCGCCAUGCCCGGGAGCGGCGGGUGGAUCACGGCGGAGAACGUGCACGAAUACUUUGACGAGGACGGGAAUUGGAUCGGGGGAGAGGGACCGGAAGAGGAAGGGGUAAGCGGCGAACUUGGAGAGGGCGCCGGGACGGUUCACGCGCGGGAAGAAGGGGAGGAAGAAGUUGUCAAUGGGGACGGAAAGGCAGCCGCGGAGGCGCGCGUUGCCCUGCUUGUCUUCUUUUUUCUGUGGCUGGUACUGCCGUAUGAUAACGUCGUCCGGUUGGCUUUCCGGUGGAAUGCGAAGAGGCUCAAGGCGGCUCUGGUAUCGCGCCCGAGCGAGAGAUGGGUCUAUUCUCGGCCCAAGCACCCUGUCGACCUCGGCCAGGAUGUCGUCGUCAUCCUGAAAACGGGGUAUGGCACGAGAGAGAGGGUGCCGGCUUGGCUCGAUGCUCUAAGCGCGGGAAACGAGUUCAAGGACAUAUUUGUCAUCGCCGAUUCUGAGGGCGACAUCACCUUCACCGACAAGGAUAACACAAGGGGACUCCAUGUGCACGACGCAGUGGCCCACUCCCUCCGCUUUCAUCUGGGCGCCUACGGGGAACACCCGAGGGUCACCAGGUACAGUCAGCUAGCGGAGGCCAUCUACAAGGGUGACGAGGCGACGGCUUUGCACCUCUGCCGAGGCUUCGGCUGGGAAUUGGAUGCGAUGAAGUUCAUCUCGGGCUUGGAGAUGGUCUAUCAGGUGUAUCCCCACAAGAAGUGGUACCUCUUGGUAGACGACGACACGUACAUCAUCCAGCCGUCGCUCAAGCCCCUUCUGGGGCACCUGAACCCCGAGCGGCCGCAUUACCUCGGAAACGCCGUUGGCGAUUUCAAGGCCCGCUUCGCUCACGGAGGAUCUGCCGUCAUCCUCUCGCAAGCAGCGAUCCGUACCCUAAUCAUGAACCAGCGCGCUCUCAAGCCGAUCUACGUCGACUCCCUGGAUGAGACAUGGGGCGACCGGCUGCUGGCGAAAGCACUGCUCAAGCAUGGCAUCUAUCUCGACGAGACAUACAGCCACCUGUUCAACGGCGAGCCGCCCCUGCUCACCAAGAUCCGCGCGGAUAGGCUGUGCUCGCCCCUCGUCUCUUUUCACAAGCUACCGUCCCCUGCGGCCAUGAGGGAGGUCGGCGACUACUUCCGAAACGUGAGCAAACCGGUCUUGUGGGGCGAUCUAUGGGAGAUCUACGGCAAAACGCCGCCCUGGGAACAGGCAGGUGCCGCUGCCAGCCACAACUGGGACCACGUCGGUGACCCUGACGAGUCCACCCUGGAGAUAUCGAACGUCAAGACGGCGGAGGAUUGCGAGAAGCACUUUAAGCGCCGGUCCCGGUCCUCUCUGGCGUGGUCCUGGGACGCUCAGACGAAACUUUGCCUUGUCAGUCACUGGAUGAUCGUCGGCAAGGAAGAGACCGGCCAAGUCUCGGGCAUUAACCUCCGACGGGCGAAACAGUUGGGCGCUAAAUGUAUCCAUCAUUGA